AUGGGAAGUCAUUACUUCGAAUACGGAACCCGUUCCGAGCGAAUCGAUUCGAGGGUCGUUCUAACUUUGCGCGGAGGCGAAAUCCGCAAGUUCCCGCCGUCGAUGGCGCAAUUAUGCCGCGACGAGUUUCCACAAGCGGCCAUUGUGGACGGGCGGCCUCUAAUACCGUGGAUUGUCGAACGGGAUCAUGCCAGCGAUUGGCAAUUAGGGCUCGGCGUCACGGCCAGGCCGCAGCUCAAUGGGCCAAUAAUUAAAACCAGCGCCGUGGAUAAGGAGCCGUUCUUGGUUCGAGCGGUUCGCUUUUUAAUUAAUUGGUUUGUUCUAGCUCGUCGCGACGGCACUCGGCGAACGAUUGUCGGU